CAAUUGUGGGUCCAACGUCAAGCCGCGUGUGCGGACCACUAGGGGGCGCGACCCUUCUUCAAUCCCACACCGCAGAAGAAGAACAACCGAGAGAGAGAAAAAAAGUGGGGGGAGGAAAAAGGCGAAGACGCCGAAGAAGAAGAAGCAGCCGCGUCGCUGCGAAGCGCCCAGCACCUCAGUCGCUCCUCACAAUGGCCCGCUAAGGCAGGAAGAAUGGGGAUGCUGCUCGCUGCGUGGACGCCGUAAAUCUUUUAUGCCCCGAGGGCUGUAAUUUGUUUUCGCACGACCGAGGAAUGCGUUAAGGUUAGAUGGGUAAGCGGAGGAGGACGUAGUUCAGAGCGGGUAUGUGGCGAGAAGCCACGGCUUCAGUGGCAGUAGACGCUUUUGCUACCAUGAGAGAGUGAGUGUGAGUGCGAGCCGGGGUUCCAGCGGGGGGCUGCACUUUCACACCGGCCUAGAGACACGUUUACUUACACACACACAACCGACAGACUCGCUUUCUCUCUCCCUCCAUAUAGAUAUUUUUUAUAUUUAAAGAUAUAUAUUUAUAUAUUUUUGGGGGUGGAAUGGCAGCCCGAAGUCGAAGAGCAUGGUUUAGUGUGCUUUUGGGUUUGGUAGUGGGCUUCACUCUGGCUUCCAGGUUGAUCUUACCCCGCGCCACGGAGCUGAAGAAAGCCGGGCAGAGGCGCAGUGCGAGCGCCGGGGGAGGCUGCGGCAUCGGCGGCCCGCUGAGGAGAGAGCGCGGCGGCGGGAUGAGGUGGCCGGCGCAGGGGAGCGGCAUGCUGCCCACCGAGAAAGCCGUCCAGAGUAGCCACAAUUUCCUCUUCGUGGGCGUCAUGACCGCGCAGAAAUACCUGAACAACCGCGCCGUGGCGGCGUAUAGGACCUGGGCUCAGAGCAUUCCAGGCAAAGUGGAGUUCUUCUCUAGCGAGGGUUCGGACACGUCCAUCCCCAUCCCGAUCGUGGCCCUGAAGAACGUGGACGACUCGUACCCUCCGCAGAAGAAGUCCUUCAUGAUGCUCAAGUACAUGCACGACCACUACCUGGACCGGUUCGAGUGGUUCAUGCGCGCCGAUGACGACGUCUACAUCAAGAGCGAACGCCUCGAGAGCUUCCUGAGGAGCCUGAACAGCAGCGAGGCCAUUUUCUUGGGCCAGACGGGGAUGGGCGCUCGUGACGAGCUGGGAAAGCUGGCGCUGGAGCCCGGCGAGAACUUCUGCAUGGGAGGUCCGGGCGUCAUCAUGAGCCGCGAGGUGCUGCGCAGGAUGGUGCCUCACAUCCGCCAGUGCCUGCAGGAGAUGUACACCACACAUGAGGACGUGGAGGUGGGACGAUGCGUGCGCCGAUUUGCCGGGGUGCAAUGCGUCUGGUCUUAUGAGAUGCAGCAGCUGUUUUAUGAGAACUACGAGCCAAAUAAGAAGGGCUACAUCCGAGAUCUGCACAACAGUAAGAUCCACAGAGCCAUCACACUCCAUCCCAACAAGAACCCUCCGUAUCAGUAUCGGCUGCACAGCUACAUGCUGAGCCGCAAAAUCGCUGAACUUCGCCACCGCACCAUUCAGCUUCACCGCGAAAUCGUGCAGAUGAGCCGAUACGGCAACAUGGAGGUGCAUAAGGAGGAUUUGCAGCUUGGCAUGCCCCCUUCAUUUAUGCGCUUUCACCCACGCCAGCGGGAGGAAGUACUCGAGUGGGAGUUCCUCACUGGGAAGUACAUUUACUCUGCCUUGGAUGGGCAACCCCCACGUCGCGGCAUGGAUUCGUCCCAGAAAAUGGCACUAGAUGACAUUAUCAUGCAAGUUAUGGAAAUGAUUAAUGCCAACGCGAAGACGCGGGGGAGAGUCAUCGACUUCAAAGAGAUUCAGUACGGCUACCGGAGGGUGAACCCAAUGUAUGGGGCUGAAUAUGUGCUUGAUCUGUUGCUUCUUUACAAAAAGCACAAAGGAAAGACGAUGACGGUACCUGUCCGGAGGCACGCCUAUCUUCAGCAGACCUUCAGUAAGAUCCACUUCUUGGAAGAGGACGAGAUAGACGCUCAAGUACUUUCUGCACGGAUUAACCAGGGAUCGGACUCGCUCUCUUUCCUCUCAAGCUCCCUCAAGAAGUUUGUGCCUUUCAAGCUUAGCGGCUCAGGCACAGACCAGCAAGAACCCAAAGAGAAGAAGAUCAACAUCCUUGUGCCGCUGGCGGGACGUUUCGAUAUAUUUGUACGCUUUAUGGCCAACUUUGAGAAAAUCUGCCUCAUUCCAAACCAGAACGUCAGGCUGCUGAUCCUUCUCUUUAACACCGACAACAACACCGAGCGUAUGAAGCAGAUCGAGCUGAUGCAAGAGUACCAUUUGAAAUAUCCCAAAGCAGACAUGGAGAUUGAGCCCGUUUCUGGCCCCUUCUCCCGUGCCCUGGCCCUGGAGGUCGGCUCCGCCCAUUUCAGCAAUGACUCCUUGCUAUUUUACUGUGACGUGGACUUACUGUUUACUGCCGAUUUCCUCAAGCGAUGUCGCGCAAACACCGUGUUGGGAGAGCAGACCUACUUUCCGAUCAUCUUUAGCCAGUAUGACCCGAAGGUUGUCUACGCGGGAAAAGUCCCGAGCAACAACCACUACGUGUUCACAUCCAAAACAGGCUUAUGGAGACACUUUGGCUUCGGCAUCGUCUGCGUGUACAAAGGUGACCUGGUGAAAGCGGGUGGCUUUGACGUCUCCAUCCAAGGGUGGGGAAUGGAAGACGUGGACCUCUUUAACAAAUUUGUCCAGUCAGGUAUUAAACUGUUCAGGAGCACAGACACUGGCAUAGUGCAUGUACAUCACCCUGUCAUAUGUGACCCCAACUUAGAUCCCAAACAGUACAAGAUGUGCCUGGGUUCCAAAGCCUCGUCCCAUGGUUCAACACAGCAGCUGGCUGAGCUGUGGCUGGAGAAGAACGACCAUGGCUUCCGAAGGAUCUCUAGUUCAAACAAUGGCUCAAUGAGGACAGCAUAGGCCCUGCAAGCAAGGACCUCUACCUGCCCGUCUUCCUCUUUUUGGUGUUUUUCAGCUACCUAAUUUAUUUUUUCAUAUAAAAAAAAAAAAAAACACUUCUGUGGAUAUAUUUUGAAAUAACUCCUUUUAUAAAAUGCAAAAAAAAAAAGAGCAAAAACAUUAUCAGUGCUAGAAAUUGGUUAUAAAAUGGACCCUCAAGUGUUGGAACAUCAAAUUGUGUUUUUCUUCACAAACCCAAAAAGCAGCAUUGUAUUUAUGGCACCUCACAUGAGGACGCUAAGUAUACUGUGUACCUCAGUGAUGUGCACAUCAAUCACUGUGUGUGUGUGUGUGUGUGUGUGUGUGUGUGUGUGUGUGUGUGUGUGUGUGUGUGUGUGUGUGUGUGUGUGUGUGUGUGUGUGUUUGUGGAGAGACUCACUUUAAUGAGGGUCUGACUUCAGAUGUACAAAUGUGGUGUUAAGGAACAAUUUAAUGUAUUAUUUGUGAAUGUUUACAGAAAGCCUCACAAACAAUUGUUUGUUGGAAAAGCUGACAAAAUAACUAAAUUAUUGCAACUAAGGGCCAUAAAACACGUCUGGAUUUCUGUUAAACCCUAUUUUUAUUUUCUGUUAUGACACUGUUUUCUUUUGUUUAUUUAGUUUUGUUUUGUUUUCCAUUUCAUUUCAUUGGAUUUUGACUUAUGUGAACAGAACUGCUGGACUUUCCAACUCAUUCCCUCUGUCUAAUUUAUUGAAUAUGCGGUCUUGUGUAGCUCUAUCAGACUGCCAUUGUGUAUAUUAGAUUGUAUUAGUUCGAUCCAGCUCGAUCAUCGUGGUUGGGUUUUUUUUUUUUUUUUUUGGUCUUGUUUUUUCUGUUACUCAUUUAAUUUGGUUACCAAAGAUAUUUUUGCACAGUUGCUGUAGGUGUUUGGGUGUGUGUGGGUGUGUUUAUGUAUGCAGGUGGUAGCACAGUCAUGAAGAUUAGGAAUGAGGUAUUGACAGUCCAAUUAUUUACAAUACUCCCAAUUUAUUACUUAGUCAUGUAGAAAUAGUCACACUUUAUGUCUCACCAAAACUGCACAGGUUUUUUUAUUUUAUUUUUUUUAUUCCAUAUUUGUCUUCACCUUUAAUGUUCUAAAGCAAUCUGCAGGACCUUGAUCGAUCAUUCCUCAAUGGUAGAGCCUUGCUGUAUAAAGGUAGAGAUGGUGUUUGCCCACAAUGUCCUUUGUGGCUCAUGGACUGCUCUUCCUCAAUGUUGUACACACACCACCUGUCUGGGGCUUAUUUUCUACUUCUGUUCUAAGCCCCCUUCCAACUGGGAAAAGGUUAUAUAUUAAUAAAUGGAAAAAGAUGUUUGUUA